GUGAGAGAGAGAGAGAGGGAAUACUACAGCUUAUUCGUGCCCACUCAGUGUCCCUCCUCCCUCCUUCCUCUCUCCUCUUCCUCUGUUCCCAACCAACUCGCCGCUGUGCAUCACUUUGUCUCCAGUAACUCUAUCAUUCCUCCAGGUCUAAAGGAAAAGCGGCUCACUUCCUUCUGACUCUCUGUUGCUUAAAACCCACCUUGUAUAUUUUCGGGCCCAGUGGACAGUCAGGACCGCGCUCAAGGCAGUUGUUCAGCCCUGAUAAGUCUGCUUUAAUGAUGUUUUGCGUGAAGGAGCGUUGGUGAAGCUGAGCGCUCACGGGAGCGAAAUGAUGCCGGCUCUGUGAAGGAGACAGCGCGUAAAGACGUCUGCGCAAAGUUGGCCAUGGCAGCUCUCCGGAGGAAGUUCGGCGAGGACUAUCACCAGGUGGUGAACCCGGCCCGCGGCGGCGCCUUCUCAGCUCCGGUCAAGAAAAAGCGGCAGCGCUUCGUGGAGAAAAACGGCCGCUGCAACGUGCAGCACGGCAACCUGGGCGGCGAGACGAGCCGCUACCUGUCCGACCUCUUCACCACGCUGGUGGACCUGAAGUGGCGCUGGAACCUGCUCAUCUUCAUCCUGACCUACACGGUGGCCUGGCUGGUCAUGGCGUCCAUGUGGUGGCUGAUCGCGUACGUGCGCGGCGACCUGGAGCGCGCGCGGGACUCGUCCUACACGCCGUGCGUGGCCAACGUGUACAACUUCCCGUCGGCCUUCCUCUUCUUCAUCGAGACUGAGGCGACCAUCGGCUACGGCUACCGCUACAUCACGGAGAAGUGCCCCGAGGGCAUCAUCCUGUUCCUGUUCCAGUCGCUGCUCGGCUCCAUCGUGGACGCCUUCCUCAUCGGCUGCAUGUUCAUCAAGAUGUCGCAGCCGAAAAAACGCGCCGAGACGCUCAUGUUCAGCCAGGACGCCGUGAUCUCUCAGCGCGACGGCAAACUCUGCCUCAUGUUCCGCGUGGGCAACCUGCGGAACAGCCACAUGGUGUCGGCGCAGAUCCGGUGCAAACUCAUCAAGUCUCGUCAGACUCCUGAGGGCGAGUUCCUCCCGUUAGACCAGUGUGAGCUGGACGUGGGGUUCGGGACGGGAGCUGAUCAGCUCUUCCUCGUCUCUCCUCUGACCAUCUGCCACGAGAUCAAUCCCAAGAGCCCCUUCUUCGACCUCUCGCAGAGAUCGCUCAUGAACGAGCAGUUUGAGAUCGUCGUCAUCUUAGAGGGCAUCGUCGAGACCACCGGUAUGACAUGCCAGGCACGCACCUCCUACACCGAGGACGAGGUGUUGUGGGGUCACCGCUUCUUGCCCGUCAUGUCUCUAGAGGAGGGCUUUUUCCGUGUGGACUACUCGCAGUUUCACAGUACAUUCGAGGUUCCCACGCCACCCUACAGUGUCAAAGAGCAUGAGGAAAAGGGCUCGCUUCCUUCUCCACUUGCCGUGCCACACCGCGAACGCGUCUUCUCUGUCAACUGCUUGGAGCUGGGGGAAGAGCGGCCCAGCCUUGGAGGUAGCGCCUCCUGCAGGCUGCCCAGCAAGCUCCAGAGGAUGAGUUCGUCCGGGAAAGAGGAGCUGCCCAAGAAGGUUCUGCGUUUGAGCUCCCAGGGCUCAGAGAAGGCGUCCAGUACGGGCGACUUGCCCCUCAAACUGCAGCGCAUGGGCUCCGGUCCCGGCCAGACAGACGACUUCCAUCUCAAAGCCCUCAGGGUGGGCUUCGAACCCAUGACCAUGUCCACCGGAGACCUCCAGCAGAGGAGCCUGCCCCCGAUGCCAUCACCCAUCGCCUUGCCACACACUCACGCUCCUCCACACACUCCUCUGCCGUCAGCUGGAGCCAGAAUGGAGGAUAAGCUGCCUCCCAAACUGAGGAGGAUGAACGCUGACCGCUGAGGUCACAGGGACUUUGUUGUUCUUUGUUGCUGAUCUGGGAUUUGACACGAUUUGGGUCCUGCAUCAGCAUGAAAGAACAACUUCUAACAUACAUAGAGCAUAUAUAAAAGAGGUCACAGGUCAUGGAUGAACUGCAAAUAAAAUCCUGACAAAGAGAUGGAAGGGAGAUGGAGAAGUGAAAGGACUGAUACAUGCAUGAACAGAGGAGGGUAUUUAGUUGUUUGGAUGCGUGUUUGUGUCCAUUUCACACACUAGUGGACUUUAGAUGGGACUCGUAUUCUGGUCCGUUUGCACCAACAGGUCACCAUUAAAGCUAAGACAGACAGGACUUCACUCCUGUUACAUCAUCCAAAGUUACACGUGACCACAACGAUUACUGACUGAGUGGCGAAGCAAUCUGUGUUAUUAAGCAAAGCUGCUAGUUCCUACAUCCAAACAAAACUCAGUCAUUUCUACAUUCAACAUACUUUUAUUUGGCGCUCAUAUCAUGUUUUGUACACUUACUUGAUGCAUAUCAGCAUCCAGGGAUGCCUGCAAGACAAAAUCAUCCCAAUGGCCUUGAAAAAACCACAAAAAAACAAAACCAAUCCUAAUUCCAGAACUCAAAAUAUGUCACUUUUGAACCCUGUAUCAGGCAUACAGAUAAAUAAUGCAUGCAGAAAAAAUAGCUUAGGGAGAAGACAGACGCUCUUAAAGCAAAACACAUUUUCUCUUCCAUUUUUCACACAAACAAGUUUUUUUGCUUUUGUUUUCUUUUUCUUUUUUUUUGCAAUAAUGAACCUGUGAACAUUUUGUCACAAAUGUCACUACAUAUUUCAGCAGAUCCUUUAAAAAUGAUUUUUAUGAUUUUUUAAAAAUGGUGUGCUGUUUGUAAUAUCUGAGCAAGGCAAAUUCCAGAAGCCAAGAAAUUUGCAAAUGCCUCAGCAAUUCUUGCAACAGUAUUUUUUUGCACCUCAAAUUUUGCUGUUCUGGUUAAAAUCCAGCAUGUAGACAGUGGAAUUUUGGUGUGAUUGGGCUCUAUAGGGUUAGAAUAAUGUUAAAUAAUGUUAAAACUUAUCAAAAGUUGGCAUCUGUCAAUACUGGCAUUCUAAUUAAGAAUAUUAUUCACCAAACCAUAUUUUAGUGGUGGGCUAGAGCCCUGAAUACACUGCUUUUAUAGUCUAAUAUCAUCACUAGCAUUGCAAAAUGUAUUGCAAUAAUUAAAAGUAACAUUUUACAACAAAGUUACAUUAAAAACAUGUCCUUUUUCUAAAUAGUACUUUAAUCAGCAAGACCUACAAUGUCUUAUAUUAUUACAGAUAUUAUUACAAAUAAAGCAUAUAUUUUAGGGAUGGUUAACAGUUGUAGCUUUCUACUUGGAACCCUUUCUGAAAGGGAAAACCUCUGUUGUAGGGUUUUAUAUAGAAGCUUUAAGGGUUCCCACCAGAGAGACACACCAAAGAAUGUUUGGAGUCUAUGGAGAUAAUGUUGACAAUUGGCUCAAGAGGCACAUGUUUAAGAGCUAUUAGUGCAUGUUGAAAUGCACUACAUGGCCAAAAGUAUGUGGACACCUGACCAUCACACCCUCAUAUGUUGAACUUCCCCAAACAUUUGCCACAAAGUUGGAAGCACACACUUGUACAGGACGUCUGUGUAUGCUGUAGCAUUACAAUUUCCCUUCACUGGGACUAAGAGGCCCGAACCUGUUCCAGCAUGACAAUGCACCUGUGCACAAAGCAAGAUCCAUGAAGACGUGGUUUGCUAAAGUUGGUGUGGAAGAACUCGAUUGUUCAGAGCCCUUAUUUCAACCCCAUUAUACCCCAUUAACUCCAUAUUAAUGCCAUGCCUUUGGAAGAGGAUGUUCAACAAGCACAUAUGGGCAUCAUGGUAGGGGUCCACAUACUUUAGGCCAUAUAGUGUAUAUUGAUAGAUUGCUAUCAAAUUACAAUAUACAAAUCAAGCAGUUCAAAAGUCGCCUAAAUCCAUGAGAAAAUCAUGGACCUGGAAAAUCUUAAACUUGCUGUUAAUCUGCUCUGAACAUAAGCUAUAGAGGGACCGUCAGCAAAGUGCACAUAAUUAAAUGCAUGCGCUGUGAAAAUGCCAAACCAAAGUUAUUAAUGACUAUAUCUAUAAACAAUUACAAUAACCAAAAUGGCUGUGAACCCUAGACUAACCCAGUCAAAUGGAGCAUAAAUGUCACUCAUUUACUGGAAUUAAUAUGAGCAGAAAUUCACCAAACAUGCAUUGAAUGAUGUACAAUUUGACCUCAGUCCCUUAAUAGGCAUUUAAUGGCCAACAAAUGCGAGUGAGACAUUAAAGAAACUAUUAAAUAUAGUGUAGAUAUGAGUAACCUAGGAGCGUGUGUUCUGUUCAUAAGGUAUAUGAAUGAAACACUUUUUAGGCUCUUUGAAUGCUGUUGUUAUUGGAGAUGUAAAUGUGUGGCAAAUAUCACAUAUAAAACUAAUUUUACCUUCAUCACUGCACGGAUGAAGGAUUUUCAUAAAGGUUCUCAUUAUCAGGAGUUAGUAAAUGGUUUAUUAUUUUCUUCUUUCUAUAUUGUGCUGCUUCUGUGUAAUAACUACUACCACGUCCUAGUGCAGGUGGAAGGGAUGAUUGCAAAGCCCAGAGUGCAGGUGGAAAAAACAGUGCAGUGCCAUUUUCAUGGUUCUCUUUAUCUCUGAGUUGAUUGUUUUUGUUGGGAUGCAGUUUAGAUUUACGGUUGUCAACUCCCAUGCAAGGAAAAAAACUGUAAAGACCUUUUGACUGACACAAGAAAGGAAAUGUCAGUUCCUCCGAGUCACAUUAGUAAAUACCUUAGAGUGUCUGAUUAUGUUGAUAUCAAUGCCUGUGCUUUAUGAAUAUGACAGAUUGAAUCCACCUUUAGAUAAAAUAUCUGCUGUUUAUAGUGGUUACCAUGACAUCAGCUUAUAGCUUGACUUUAUGCUCACAUAAUACCCAUGUAAAACUAGUAACAAAAAAUAUAAUAUAUGACCCAGUUGGUGCAUUUGAUUUAAUUUACACCCAGAAAGCUAUUACCUUGCUGGUGCAACGGACCCCUAGCACUCUAGCACACACACAUGCUCACAUACACACUCACAAACCAUGUGUGCAUGCAAUUACACUUCACCAUCUCUGUGUAGCACCAUCUCUCAUCAUAGUCCAUUAGUUUGGAAAUGAAUAAAUUAUAUUUAAGAGGCUUCAUUUGUGGUUAUUAUUCUGAGCUGGUAAAUUAGCAUCAUAUCACUGAUUAGUAAACUUCUUUAACUUUCUUUAAGAAAUAAAACACAAUACCACGUGCUGUUAUAGGAAAAUAAUCAACGACGGUGGUGUGAUGCAGCCCGGCACCAAUCAGGGUUACUGUUGUCACCCCAAAGUUAAUUAUUUUUCCAAAAUUAUAUCCAAAAUUGUUUAAUUCCUUUUAUAUCACAGCAAUUGUCCAGUGAUUAAAUUUUUAAAAUUUAACGUUUUUUAAAAUUCAUACUUUUUAACCAUUUAUAGUUGUGGAACAUCUGCAAAACAUUAUAGUUCCUAUUAUCACAUUAUAUUAUUAACAGGUAUAUUAUUAUUAUUAUUAUUAUUAUUAUUAUCACGUCAUUAUUAUAACAGGUAUAAACAGCCGUUCCUUCACCAGCCUCUCUUUUUUUUAUCUCUCUUAAAAUUAAUAUGAAAGAACAUUAAGUCCAUCCUGAUAGCUUUCCAGUCUCUGAAGACUUCCAGCUGUAACAAAGCGUGGACACUGGAGAUUCCUUCCAUAAACGCUGAAUAAACAUCUCCUUAAAGAAAGCUUCACCAUAUCAGUGAUUACGUGUUUUCUUACUUAAAUAACAAUACAUUUAUUCGACUUAUAUCGUGUGAAGCAUCUGCCAUUCAAGUCCCUGUAUGAGUUGUUACUAUAGAAACAAUACCAUAAACCUGUGAUUUGUAUUGCUGCCAGAAAUACUGCUUGAGCUGCUGUUAUAGAAAAUGAAUGAAAUCCUUCUGACCAAUCAGAAUCAAGAGUUCAACAGGACAUAUUAACUACUAUGAAUUAUUCAGUAUCUACAGUGGGGUGUAGUAACGAGUGUGAGGAAUGUAAAUCCCGACUCAUCUGGCUCCUGGGACUUUAAGGGGUUAACACUCUGUAAUGACACUGGAUUUGUGAUCCAGAUGACCAUAUUGCCACACUUUUGAUGUGCAGGUGCAUUAUCCAUAGAUGUGAGGUUGCAUUCAACAUCGUUUCCUUUCACUGUUUAUUCAUGCACAGCAGAUGUUUUAUUCAUGUAAUAUCAAGACAGAGCCAACGUUGCAUGAAUAAAACAAUGUUGUGAAACAAUUAUUUCGAGUUCCAGCCCAAUUAGAAAUAUGAGAUUCAAAUGUCCUUGGAAUAAACAGAUAUAGUCUUUUACACACUCAGUUCCAGGAAAGAAGCUGCUCAGAGCUGCAGCGAUGCUCAGAAAAGUCAUGUCAUGACUGGAAUUGGCUGGCCUGGUUAUUGUUACUGCCCACAUCAUGUAAAGAUCAGUAAGACUUGUUGUCAAUUAGCAACUGAUCACAAUGGUAGAGCAACUGAAUUAUACACAAAAUCUAACAAUAUGAUGAC